CGAGCUGAGGUUAUUGGGAAUGCGCGGCGAGCGCGCGCACUUCCCCCACUCACCCGCCCGGCGCUCACAGCAUGGGUGGUCUCCCUCUCUCUCCACUCCCGCGAGCUGUUGCUUAGCAGCUAAUAAUAGGAGAUGUUUGCAAAGUAAUUUGCCUCUUCCUCGGCCAAUGAGAACCAGAGCACUUUUCCAUCAAACCAGCCUUUUCAGGAUCGGCGCAGGGGCCACCUCUCCAAAUGUUACUGCAAGAGGAUCAGAGGCACACUGCUCGACACUUUGCUCCGCUUUAAAACGCGUUACGGGCCACAGCUGUACGAAUGAAGACCGCAGGAUUUAUACAGAUUGGGGCACAUGAUGUUGGGAUGGGAUCGGAAGACUUUGGCUCAAGGAAAGACUAGAGAAUAUUCCGUGAAGUUGAUCCCGACGGAUGCGCGCGUCCAGUUUAUUGGAUUAUUAUUAUUAUCAGAGACGCAGCGCAACGCACCGCGUUCAUCUUUAACUUUUUUCGGCGCUUCUCCCGUUUCUCACUUGGACUAUGGCCUCGGAUCCCAGAGACCCGGGGACCGGUGCUGUUUUUGGAGAUUUACCCCCGAGUUACACGCGCACCCCGCCGCCUGUGAACGCAGAUCUCCCCCGGAGACCAAGUUACUGCCACGCCGCUUUCGCAUUAAAACAGAUCUCUAAGGGGAAAGCUGUGGGACAGAAAGCACCGCUGUGGAUUCGGGCGAGGUUCCAGGCGUUUCUCUUUUCUCUGGGCUGUCACAUCCAGCGACACUGUGGAAAAGUCCUUUUCAUCGGACUGCUUGUAUUCGGAGCCUUGUCCGUCGGUUUACGAGUGGCUGCCAUCGAAACGGACAUCGAGAAGCUAUGGGUGGAAGCUGGAAGUCGAGUAAGCAAGGAACUGCGAUACACGAAGGAAAAGCAGGGAGAGGAGGCAGUGUUCACAUCUCAGAUGCUCAUACAGACACCCAAACAGGAAGGAACCAAUAUUCUUACCCAGGAGGCUUUGUUGCUUCAUCUAGAGGCUGCUCUGUCAGCCAGCAAAGUCCAGGUGUCUCUUUAUGGAAAAUCUUGGGAUCUUAAUAAAAUUUGCUUCAAAUCUGGAGUCCCGAUUAUAGAAAAUGUCAUGAUUGAAAGGAUGAUUGACAAGCUUUUUCCCUGUAUGAUUGUGACUCCAUUGGAUUGCUUUUGGGAAGGCUCCAAGUUGCAGGGAGGCUCUGCCUACUUACCGGGCAUGCCUGACAUUCAGUGGAUGAAUUUGGACCCUAUCAAGCUAAUGGAGGAGUUGAGCCAGUUUACAUCUCUUGAAGGCUUCAGAGAGAUGUUAGAUAAGGCUCAGGUGGGCCACGCCUAUAUGAACCGCCCAUGCUUGGAUCCCAAUGACACAGACUGUCCUCAAAGUGCCCCUAAUAAGGAUCCACAGCAGGUCCCUGACAUUGCUGCAGAACUUCAGGGUGGUUGCCAUGGUUUCUCCAAGAAGUUCAUGCACUGGCAGGAGGAGUUGAUCCUGGGCGAAAGAGUAAAGGACUCCCAGAAUGCUUUGCAGAGUGCGGAGGCUCUUCAGAGCAUGUUCCUCCUCAUGAGUCCCAAACAGCUCUACGAGCACUUCAAAGAUGACUACGAGAUCCAUGAUAUAAACUGGAAUGAGGACAAGGCCACUGCCAUCUUGGAAUCCUGGCAGCGAAAGUUUGUUGAGGUUGUCCAUGGGAGCAUUCCUCAAAACGCUUCCUCCAAUGUUUAUGCCUUCUCCACCACCACUCUCAAUGACAUCAUGAAGUCUUUCUCCGACGUCAGUGUGCUCAGGGUGGCAGGUGGUUAUCUGCUCAUGCUGGCAUAUGCAUGCGUCACCAUGCUGCGCUGGGACUGCGCUAAGUCCCAGGGUGCUGUGGGGCUGGCAGGAGUGCUGUUGGUCGCUUUGUCAGUGGCUGCAGGACUUGGAUUGUGCUCACUGCUGGGGCUUUCCUUCAAUGCUGCCACCACGCAGGUGCUUCCAUUUCUGGCCCUGGGGAUUGGAGUCGAUGACAUGUUCUUGCUGGCUCAUUCCUUUACUGAGACCAGGUCCAACAUCCCAUUCAAGGAAAGAACGGGUGACUGUCUGAGAAGAACUGGCACCAGCGUGGCUCUGACCUCUAUCAAUAACAUGAUUGCGUUCUUCAUGGCUGCCCUAGUGCCUAUUCCUGCUCUCCGGGCCUUCUCACUUCAGGCUGCUAUUGUGGUGGUCUUUAACUUUGCCAUGGUUCUUCUGAUCUUCCCUGCCAUUCUGAGCUUGGACCUGCACAGGCGAGAGGACAAAAGACUGGAUAUACUCUGCUGUUUCUACAGUCCCUGCUCAUCUCGAGUAAUCCAGAUUCAGCCUCAGGAGUUCUCAGAUGCCAAUGACAACCACCAGCAUGCCUCCCCCACCCCUACCUACACUAAUUCCACUAUUACUACCAGCACCCACAUCACCACGACUGUCCAGGCCUUUACUCAGUGUGAUGCAGCUGGCCAACAUAUUGUCACAAUACUGCCUCCCACUUCCCAGAUUUCCACCACCCAUCCAUCAGUGGUUCUCUCCACCCCAACUCCCACCACAGAUCCCUAUGGUUCCCAGUUGUUCACCACCUCCAGCUCCACCAGAGACCUUCUAGCCCAGGUGGAGGAGCCAAAAGAGGGCCGUGAGUGCGUUCCUCUGCCGUUUUUUCGCUGGAAUCUGUCGAGGUUUGCACGGGAGAAGUAUGCACCUCUGUUGCUCAAGCCUGAAACAAAGACUGUGGUGAUUGUCGUCUUUGUUGCUCUUCUCGGCCUCAGUCUGUAUGGUACAACAAUGGUUCAUGAUGGACUCUACUUGACUGACAUUGUCCCCAGAGAAACCAAGGAAUAUGACUUCAUCACGGCCCAGUUUAAAUAUUUUUCCUUUUACAACAUGUAUCUGGUUACCAUGGAUGGCUUUGACUAUGCCCGUUCCCAAAGACAGCUUUUACAGCUUCACAAUGCCUUUAACUCUGUGAAAUAUGUGGUUAAGGACAGCAAUCACAAACUACCCCGAAUGUGGCUCCAUUACUUCCAGGAUUGGCUCAAAGGUUUGCAAGCUACGUUUGAUGCCGAUUGGGAGACUGGUAGGAUCACAUAUGACAGCUAUCGUAAUGGCACUGAGGAUGGAGCACUUGCGUACAAGCUUCUCAUACAGACAGGCUCAAAAAAAGAGCCUUUCAACUACAGCCAGCUCACAUCCCGUCGUCUGGUGGAUGAGGAUGGUCUGAUCCCCCCUGAGGUAUUCUACAUCUACCUGACAGUAUGGGUCAGUAAUGACCCACUAGGGUAUGCAGCCUCUCAGGCCAACUUCUACCCUCAUCCUCGCGAGUGGAUUCACGAUAAAUACGACACCACUGGGGAGAACCUUCGCAUCCCUGCAGCGGAGCCUCUAGAAUUUGCCCAGUUUCCUUUCUACCUGAACGGCCUCAGACAAGCCUCGGACUUCAUUGAGGCCAUUGAAAGUGUGCGAUCUAUUUGUGAAGAGUUCAUGCGUCAGGGAAUUCAGAACUAUCCCAACGGCUACCCCUUCCUGUUCUGGGAACAGUACAUCGGUCUACGCCACUGGUUUUUGCUGUCCAUCAGCGUAGUCCUGGCAUGCACCUUCCUGGUGUGCGCCAUCCUCCUGCUCAACCCAUGGACCGCAGGCGUUAUUGUUUUUAUUUUGGCCAUGAUGACAGUGGAACUUUUCGGCAUCAUGGGACUGAUUGGUAUCAAGCUAAGCGCCAUUCCCGUAGUCAUCCUCAUAGCCUCUGUUGGAAUUGGAGUAGAGUUUACUGUGCAUAUUGCAUUGGGUUUCCUGACUGCCAUUGGGGACAGAAACACACGUUCAGCUGUGGCAAUGGAGCAUAUGUUUGCUCCUGUGAUUGACGGUGCCAUCUCCACACUGUUGGGAGUGCUUAUGCUUGCCGGCUCGGAAUUUGACUUCAUCAUGAGGUAUUUCUUUGCAGUUCUGGCCAUACUAACAUUGUUGGGUAUUCUGAAUGGUUUGGUGCUACUUCCAGUACUGCUGUCACUCAUGGGCCCUCCGCCCGAGGUCAUGCCCGCCAACAACAGCAAUCAAUUGCAAAGUCCCUCCCCUGAGCCCAUGCCUCCACCAAUGAACCACCACGGGUACUAUUCCGGGCACAUCCCAAAGGGACCACGUCAGGCGUUCUCCGAGACCUCCGAUUCCGAGUACUAUUCUGAAACCACAGCCACUUCUGGCAUUGGCGAGGAGGAAUACAAGUACUGUGAUAGAAGCGCAUACAUCACACCACCAGCUCACCCUCCCACCUCCCAUAUUCUACUGGAAGCCAGCGAAAACCCCAGCUUCCCUAAACUAACAGUGGUGAAACCUUUUAACGAAAAUGGCACUAAAGGACAAAUGAGCGAGUCUGCCCAGAACGCUGUCAACUCGGUCAGUUCACAGAUCACUCGAUGGGAUAAUAAACACGAGUACCAAGGGCCAAAGCGACAACAUUUACCAAGUGACAGGACCCACGGUCCUCACAGGACUACUCAGUCACAACCAGGGAGAAGGCAGCCGCAAAACAGGACUACAGCCCCGGCCAAUGGCCCUGGGGCAUUGCAGCGGCCUAACAAUGCCAUCACCAUGGUUACAGCCACUGCCUCCGUGACAGUGGCAGUGCACCCCAGUUUGCCGGGGUCAUAUCAGGGUUACAUGCACGAGGGGUUUGAGGAUGAAUCAGACUUUUUUGAGGAUUCUAAGAGGACUUCGCAAACAUAUGGGAAAACUACAAAUUAUAAGAGUGACUCUUUUGAGCUUCAAGAUCUGGAAUCCACAGAGAAAAGCCAGCAUCAAGCUAACCAGGCGCUAGGUGGUGCAUGGAUUCAAGGAGCCAAAGAUUGCUAGACUCCUCCCAGCCCCCACAUCCCUUUGUCUGGAAUCUCUGGCUGUCUUGGGAAGUUCCCAACCCCAGCCGGUGUCUUUUGUCUCUUUGAACUGUACAUAGACCUCACACAGACAAGAGGAUUUAUUUUAAAAUUAUUAAAAAGGUCUGCUAAGACAUGUAUAAAUAUAUAUAUAUUUUAAUACUAAAAAGAGGGAAACUAUUUUAAAAUGUGCUGUAUAACUUGUGUAUUCAUUUGUGUAAAAACAGAUUUUGAAAUGUGUUAUAUGUAUAAAGAGGUGAUAAUAUUAGAUUAUUGAAAUGCAAGGUCAGUGUUCCUUUUUUGCUGCUACACUUCAAAUUUAAGAUGACGUCUUGAAAAUAUGCAGUACCCCUUUCCCCAACGUAAGCCAAGACAUAACUUUAUCUUUACAAGUUCUUAAACUGCAGCCAAUAGGAAGCUUAUCUGUAUUGUUUUAAGAUGUUGACUUAUCUUUGAUUGCACUGUACAAAAUCGAAACUUACAUAGAUAGCAGUUUUUCUCUGUCAACAUUUUCAGUGUUUCUACUUUAUUUAUUUUUCUUUAUUUUUACUGACAGCAACCAUUGUGCCUUCUUAACUUUCAGUCUUACAUAAUUAACUUGUCAAAUUAAUGAGUUACCACCAUAUUGUUAAGGAAUGGCAGUGUCGUUGAUACUGAUACAUACUGUUAGGAUAAUGUUAUCCUUUUUUUAUUUGUUCACUUCAUCGUCUCCAUGUGAGUGUGAAAUGCAUUUUAUGAUGUGUAGCGCAGUGUGCAGUGAAUAGCAUGACUAUGGGUCUAAUUUGUUUUUAACAUUAUUUCAUUAUAUAGUCAUUGCAGUCAACAUUUACAUACUUGAAGGGUGGUUAAAUGACACUUUUAUUUUUCUCUAGUUAUUUUAGCCAUACAUUGAUGAGUAAGCUUUGGUUUGUCACUAAAUAUGUACGUCCCAGGCAGCAAAUGUUUGGGAGAUACGAGGCAAACGUGUCGUUUACCCAAAUAUUAUUCAGAAAGGGAAUUAUGUGUAAGUGCAAAGGAGAUUUUUUUUCUUGUUUGUUUUCUCUUUGUCAUCUUGUUAGCUGCAUCUGCGCAUUUGUUUACUAGGUAGUUGCCCUCUGGGCUUCUCCCAAAAGGCCAGUGUUGGGACAGAUAAAUAGCUCUGGUGCUAGUUCAGUUCUCAUUCUUGGGUCCAAUUUCAGGCAGUAUAUCCGUCGUUCAGUAUUGGUCACAUUAAAUGCAGGGAAGUGUUCAUUUAAGUGGCAGCUUCUAUCACGGGAUUUCUUUCUUGAUAUUUAACAAAAGUUUAAAUGACAACAAAAUAUGUACCUACUGUAUCUGGAAAACACAACACAAUACAAUGUAAAGCACAUGUACAGCUUAAAGACAGGAGUGGCUUGGGCAGACAGGAGACAAGGGUAGGGGAUGGGGGUCCUGCAUAGGGGUUUUGUUUCAAAUGUAUGUCAUGCCAUAUAAAUUAUUUAUAUUAAAUUUUUAUUUUUGUAGUUUGUACAGAUGUUAGUCGCUAGACUGAAGUUAUAUUUUUAAAGAGUAAAUAUAUUAUAAAUAUAAAUAUAUAAUUAUAUCUAUUUGUUUCUGAGAAUUGUUUUGUUUUGUUUUGUUUUGGGGGUGGGGGGAGUUUGGGUGGAGCGGGCUUUAAAAUCUUCAUAUUGCUGUUUGGAAAUAAUGAAGGAAAGGGGGUGGCUACAGUCGUCCACCUUGUGUAGACUCUUUGCCUUUCCUUCUUCAUGUAAAGAUUUAAAAGAGUUUCUGUUAUUGUUGUUGUCUAAAACACUGUGACUUCAGAAAACUUUGUAAGGAAAGAAAACUUUUGUGACCAUCAUUUCCUACACCCUUUAUAGGAAUUCA